AAAACGUGGUGUUUCCCUGGGAGAAAACUGCGCCCACAGCUGGUCUGCGUUUUGCUGUCGUGUGGGAAAAGGCUGGUUCUUGAGCAACAACUAGAUGGUUUUAUAAUUCCUUCUACCAGCACUGGGGCAAUUUACUUCUGGGGACCCCUGCCCUGCAGUCGUCUCUCUGGGAUGUGUUUGUGAGGCUGUGCCUGCAGCCAACGGAGGCAAGGGGAAAUCCUCUGGCCCAGUGUCGGGCAGCAUUGUGCUUUGCAGCAGCUGGGAUCGGUGCAUUCCAGUGCUGGGGGACAAAUCCAGCUCCUGGACUCACGAGAUUUAAGCCGGAUUUGGGACCAGGGUCGUGGUCAGCUUCUUUGUUAAAAAACAAAUGCUAGGCUCCCAAGCAUCCUGUCCAAUCUUCCUCAGGAAAGGCUCCAUGAUGUCCCACCCCACAAGAGGAGAGGACACAAGAGAUUGAGAAAUAUGGAUCUCCCACCAAGAUUUCAAAGGGACUUUCCUUGUGGCACCGUUGAAGCAGGUACUGCUCAACCUGGCUGAGCCCCAGCACUGGUAGGGGUAGGAAAGGGUGCCGAACAAACCUUUCUGUCUACUCUCCACCAUGAAUAACACCCAAGGUUGAUUUGCAGCUCCUGAGAGCUUAAAAUCUUUUUAUGUCUGUCAAACUCUUCCUCGCUGCUCUCAGGAAGCAUGGCGCUAUAUGAACAACAGUGCAAGCUGCUGUCACAGCAAACAUGGCCUGGCUGAGGUCACCAAAGGGACCAGUUUCAGCUGUGUUUCUCUGAAUUAAGCCUUCCAAGCAAAGAGAUUUAAUUAGAAGCAAUUCCAUUGGCUGAAGUUGGCUGAUACUACAGUAAUUUGAAAGUGAAGUUUGUGAAUAAGGUGGGGUCUCAAAUGGGAACUGGAGAAACCCGGACAUGGGAGAGCUGGGCCAGGUCCCUGCUGACACACUGAAUGGCUGGGGUCUGCCUCUGUACCUGCAGCUUUUGAGAAGAGUGUGCACCACAGCUGUAUUAUUCUCUCAGGAAAGCCAUUUUUCAUGAUCCUGUCUGAUGGAUGUUGCUUUGGGACACUGGCUGCAAGGCCUCCAUCACUGGCUAACUUUUUUUCCAGAGAGAAAAAAUGGGUAUUUAAUCCAAAACUACCCAGACUCCAGAGCUGCCUCUGAAUUGCACCACAUUCGUGUUGCUGUGAAGCCCAGCCUAAGUCCCUUCAAUCUGCAGUGAUUUACUGGCCUGGAUGUCCACAGCCGAGCGGGGUUGGGACUACAUCGGUCAUCUGGAGCUCACAGACACAUCCUCUAUAAGGGGGAAUUGCACUGCCAGCUUCUGAGAUAACAUCCUCUGAAUGCCAGCAAGGUCAAAUGUUGUUCCCACAAGGAAGCUUCAGCUGCUGCUAUCUGCAGAGGAUAAGCCUUGUUACUUGCUGAGUCCUGUCACUAGGGACCGGGGCACCCACUGAGAAUCAACUCCGGACGCCAAGGUGGCCAAAGGCUUUGCCACUGCCCUCGUGUUGCCAUGAGAUGUGAAAGGAGCAGAAGACGUGGUACCCUUGGGGAGGAAGGUCAUGCAAAAAGGAAGCAUGGAUCCACAUGUUUUGUCCAAAUGUUGGCCCCAAGUUCCCUUCUGAUCCUCCUCCAGACCCCACCAGAGGCACGGUCAACCUGUCCAGCCUUCCGCAACGCUUCCUCCCCCAGCACAGCACAGUACAGACACAGUAAACAGCGGAGCUUCUGAAAACCCAGCCAAGCAUUUAUCAAGCAUCCUCAUUCAAGAGUGACAGAGACUGAACUGGGGGGAGAGCAAGGCCAGUCGUCUCCUGUCAUCAGGAUAGAUGGCCAACCCAGCAGAAAAGACAACCCAUCUGAUGAGAGCAUAUUGAUCACAGAGAGCUGGAGGACAUAAAAGAGAACAGCCUCACACUCCCUCACUCACAGGCUCCUAGGAGAAGGCUUGGAGAAGGAGAGAAGAUGCUUUUCCAGAGGAUGGUCAUCACCUUGGUGCUACUGUUGGGGUCUUGCUGCAUCAGCACUUACCCUGUCUACCCCGAAAGCAGCAGUGCCCAAGGAUCUGUAGACCAUGCUCAGGCUCUCCAUCCCACUGCCUGAGGAACAAGCACACGUUGAAUGAGCUGCUUUGCCCUUGUCACUGUUUCCCCAUUCAACCCAGACCUUAUCCCAAUGGAUUUUUACCUGGCUGAUGGUGUAGUUGGCUCUGUGACUGAUAGCAAGCCUCCAGCAGGACUCCAGCCAUCCAGGAACCUGAACCAGGCUCUGUCUGCACCAGGGGAAGGAGCAAGCCACAACCAGAAAGCAGCUCGUAUCAAGGGAAAUAAAAGCAUUCUCCAGGAGGAUGUCCACGACCGCUUGGUGGAAGACAUUGAUGCAGUCCUCUGGAAGAUGGUGGGAGUGGGUGAGCUCCAGAGCCAGGGAUUUACACAAACCAGGCCUUUCAGCAACCCAUCAGGAGAACUUGCUUCUGGAAAUACUGUGUCACCAAAUGAGGGGUACAGGAGGAGCCCUGCCUGCUGCCUGCCUGCCAGCCAGCCCGCUCCCUGCCACCACUUAUCCCAGUGCCUUCCAGUGGGCCCAUCCACGUGUGGCCCCACACCUCACUGGCUGGUUUGCACAGAGUUUGGAAGGGUGCCCAGAAACGUGUGGACUCCGGAGUGCUCAGCUUCUCCAGGAGAGAUACACCAGCCUCAAACUCACCCUAAGGGAGAUGCCAUCCCGGGGAAAAAGUGGUGCUAAGAAGGGAAUCCAAGACCCGAAUUACUUUCGCCAAGAAAAUACACUUGUCUGGAUUUGGCUCAGCUGAGCUCAGUGCCUGGCAAGCACCACUGUGGCAACAGUUUUGGCAAGGGGACAGGGGAGAUCCUGCCCACGAAGGCUCAGAUAAUCCUUUCCAACACGUAUGUAUUUUCAACUACAACUCAAGCAAGGCAUCGCACGGUGCCCAGCACUGCCAGGUGCCUGCCCCAGGGAAGCCGGUGCCUCUGGCCAGGCACCAUGGUCCUUUCGGGCACUGAGGUGCCCUAGGAGGAGAGGAGUGAAGCCCAUGGAGCUGAGUGGCUGCAGGGAAACUGCCCUUAAAACCUCAAUGUGGUGGCACAGGGAGGCAUUGCUCCCCCUGGCCACUGUCACUUGACAGCGUGUCCCAGGGCCCCACUGGCAUCGCUGCUGGCACACGCGGUUACCAGCUGCCAGCUUCGGCUCCUCUCUUUCUAUACCCUGCAUGUCCGCUGCAAAUAUUUUGAACUUGAGUGUUAAAAUGUUCCAGGGGAAGUGUUUGGAAAAUUGCUUAAC